AUGCUUUUUUCAGCCCCAUCACAAGUCAGAUAUGCUCAUACAGAUGUUAAAAUACCAGAUUUUGAUCCUUACCGAAGAAAUUCUUUACAUGACCCCAACACAGAGACUUCUUCUUCUGAUAGUGAAAGAAGGGCGUUUUCUUAUUUAACUGUAGGAAGUGCAGGUGUAGCUACAGUCUAUUGUUCUAAAUAUCUGGUAGAAACAUUUAUUUCAAGUAUGAGUGCUUCAGCUGAUGUAAUGGCUUUAUCUAAAAUUGAAGUAAAGUUAGAUGCUAUACCAGAGGGAUCCAGCGCUACAUUUAAAUGGCGUGGAAAACCCUUAUUUAUUAGACAUCGUACACCUCAAGAAAUAGCUACUGAGAAAGGAAUAGAUAUAAAUACUUUGAGAGAUCCACAACAUGAUGAGGACCGGGCACAGAAACCAGAGUGGUUAAUUGUUAUUGGAGUUUGUACACAUUUAGGUUGUGUACCAAUAGCAGAUGCUGGAGAAUUUGGUGGUUAUUUCUGCCCUUGUCAUGGUUCACAUUACGAUACAUCAGGUAGAAUAAGAAAAGGACCUGCACCAUUAAAUCUUGAAGUACCAGAAUAUAGUUUUCCAAGUGAAGAUCUUGUUAUUGUUGGUUAA